AUGGCUCCCAAGAAGGCACAAGGAAAACGGAAGAUGGAUGUUGAUGAAGCCAAUAUGGACCAAAAGGAUGAAAGUGCUGAGAAGCAAAAGAAAGUUGAAAUCAAGGAAGAGUUAUGCGACCGCUGCAGCGAGAAAGAAUCACUUGGAGUUUGGGAAGGCAAGAAAUGGUGCUCAACUUGCGCGAAGAGACAGCGUUUCCUACUCACGGCUGUCGCCGAAUGUAAAAUUGAAGACGAAGCAGCAGCGAUGAAAGCAGCUAAGGCAGCGAUUAAGAAGGCCAAGAAAGCAAAAGAUGAUCUCGAACUCAAGAAAAAAUGCAAAGCCGCGGCAACGACUAAGCUCGACAGUUUUCUUGGAGCUAUUGGAUUGGAAAAGCAUGACUCAGAGCUGGAGGGAGUUACGAAAAUUGGUUAUGGAUAUCGAAGCGAAGUAGGGGAUUAUUCGACAUGGAAGGAGAUGAACGAAAAGGACAUCGAAAAUGUCUUGGCUUUGAUUAUUGCUGGAGCAACUGAGACAUCAUCAGGAAUGAACUUCGAUGUCGAAAAAGACGGUUGGAGACUGAUUAUCAAGUGCUUGGAGGACAGCGCGGGUAACGCGCGAUGGAAAGGGAGGCAAGAUUAUCAAAUUCAAAUCGAAACCAACGGCAAAACCAUUUUCGGAGAAAAGCCAAAAAUUGAUUUCGAUGUCGAUGUUGAAAUAUUUGAUUGUUGGCACGAUAAGCCUAAGGAAGAAGCUGAGCUGUUUUUCGACGAUGAUUGGAGCGAAACUGUCGGCGAAGGAAAAGAGCGCGUCAAAUUUUAUGUUGAAGGACAUAAAGUUGGAGGUGAUGAGGACCACCGUCUUCUCAUCAACAUUACUAUGAAUUGA